AUGCAACAUCCAAAAAUGCUUCUAUACAAGGAUAACAUUCAGGAAACUCAUUAUGAGGUCCUCAAUGUCAAGGAAGACGCGGACUAUGAAGAAAUUCGUGCCAGUUACAGAACUGCCAUCCUCAGUUUCCAUCCUGAUAAACUAUUGAAGUCACCUGAGACAUCAUCCAGCAAUGAUCUACCAACUGGAGAGAGAUUUCUCAAAGUGCAAAAGGCAUGGGAAAUUCUAAGCAAUUCGAGCUCUCGCUCAUCUUAUGAUAAUGAGUUGCAAAGCUUGAGGCAUGAUUAUGAUGAUGUCUUGGCUGCUGAUGUUGCAGAAGAUUUGAACUUACAAGAUAUGAUGGCUGAAGAUGGUGGUGGAGCAUUGGAGCUGUUUCAUCAGUGCCGAUGUGGCGAUUACUUCUCUGUUGACUCUUUGGAAUUGCGGAAAAUGGGGUAUUCCUUGUCAAGUGAAGGAAAUAGAAUAUCUGUAGUCAAUCCUGAUUCUUCAUCAGGAUCAGUGAUUCUUCCCUGUGGAUCUUGUUCAUUAAAAGCUCGUCUAGUACUUAGUAUGGAUGACAAUUGA